CUGUUCCUAGAAAAUUGAGUGCAUUUUUAGUCGAUAAUAUUUUGGUUUUGCUUACUUUAUUCCUUUUUUUAUUCUUCUUUUGAAAUAAAUGAGUGUACAUGAUGACAUUCACUCAGAAAGUACGUUGCUCUCCUUUUUGAGAAAGUGAAUUUUACAAAUUAAUUUUGUUUCCCCUACAGUUGAUGUCCUUUUAUACGAUUAAGUGAGCUUUUGCAUUUCCUCUUGGGUAUUAUGUUUGUGUUUAAGCCUAGCUUGAUCAUUGUUGAAUUGUGUUUGAGCAGUGUUUGUUAUGCUAAAAGGCACUUUGGGUUUGGGUUAACUCAUCGUGGGUCUAGACUGACAUCCAGAACUCCAGGCAACUCUAGGCAUUGUUCUGUUGCUUUGAGGUAGUGCCUACCUUUCGAACCAAAUAAUCACUUCUGAACUAAUCCCAGGGUUUUGGGUUUGUUUGUUUUCUCUGACGGUGUGGACUGAGAGCAGAAAUGCCUUAGUGAGAGAGGUUCAGGAAGCAAUAGGCUUUGUCUUAACUUAGCUUGCCUGACCUUGGUGAGUUUGAGAGUGUUGACAGAGUUCUGAGCUUUCUUGGCAGAGAAGGAAGGUCAGAAAGAGAGAAGUCCACGGGCGGGGGGCCAGGUCCCUCCUACCUCGUUAGGGAGAAUUCAGUGUUGUCUGUCUGGUUGGCAGGGCACACCUAGUCACAGAGACUCAGCAUUUCAGCAGUUUGCAAAGAAAAGUGAUAUGAAGGGACAGCUGCAAGUCAGCCACAACCUAGAUAUGAGGAGAUGAAGCACUCACUUCACUUGGAAGAAAGAGAGAAGGAAGGAAGCCGAGGGCUUAGCAGGCCCCCAGGUAUCAGUGGACAGCCAUGGCUCCAAGAUCUCGGCAACGAAGGCACAAGAAAUCCCCCUCAUCGGUGACUCCCGUGGUUGUGACCCCACCCACAGUUGUGACCUCUGUGCCUCUGACCCUCUCAAAAUCUGACCCUAGUAUUGAUGCACUUGGCUUCUUCUCCUUGGAUAAUAAUGUUCCUGGCCUAUCCCAGCUAAUCCUUCAAAAGCUAAACAUGAAAAGCUAUGAAGAAUACAAGUUGGUGCUAGAUGGGGGUGCUUCUGUAUCAGGCUUUGGAUUUCGAUGCCCUCAAGAAAUGUUCCAGAAGAUGGAGGACACAUUCCGAUUCUGUGCUCACUGUAGAGCUCUUCCUAGUGGCCUUUCAGACUCCAAGGUCCUACGGCAAUGCAAGAGGUGCAGAAAUGUCUAUUACUGUGGUCCAGAGUGCCAGAGGUCAGACUGGCCAGAGCACAGGAAGGUUUGUCAAGAGCUGCAUCUUGUAGCUGUGGACCGUCUCAUGGAAUGGCUUCUAGUCACAGGUGCUUUUGUCUUACCUUCAGGACCUUGGCCAUGCCUGGCUGAAAUUGUACAGGGCUGGGAUACCUGGUUUUCGAUGCGACAUUUACAGCUAGAUGCUACACUGGAUGCUGUGCUAGGCAGUCAUGCCAUGACCAUCUUGUGGGCCAGUGUAGGACGACCAAGGCCAGACUCAGAUGUCCUGCAAGGCUCUUUGAAGCGGCUGCUGACAGAUGCCCUAUCACGGCCUUUGACACUGGGCCUUGGGCUUCGGGCCUUGGGGAUAGAUACUGGGAAAAUUGGGGGAAGCACAGUGCAUGUGGUUGGUGCUUCCCAUGUGGAGACAUUCCUCACUCGCCCUGGGGACUAUGAUGAGCUUGGCUACAUGUUUCCUGGACACCUUGGCCUCCGUGUGAUCAUGGUGGGUAUAGAUGUAUCUGCUGACUUUACACAGAGCACCUCAACUUCCCCUCUGGAACCUGGCACAGUUCAGCUUAGUGGCCAUAGGGGCCUCUAUCAUGAUUUCUGGGAGGAACAGGUAGAGACUGGACAAAUAGCUCAUCCAGAUUUGGUGGUGGCAUUCCAUCCAGGUUUCCAUGCUUCCCCAGACUUGAUGGAGGCUUGGCUGCCCACCCUCCUGCUACUUCGUGAUUAUGAGAUCCCUACAUUGAUCACUGUUUACAGCCAUCAGGAGUUGGCAGCUUCUUUGCAGAUUCUGGUGGACCUGGAUACACACAUCACUGCCUAUGGAGCUAACCCUUUUGCGUCCCUCAAACCUGAACAGGUCUAUUCCAACCCCAACAAGCAGCCAGUAUACUGCAAUGCCUACUAUAUCAUGUUUCUUGGAAGUUCCUGCCAGCUGGAUAGGAUAGGAGGCAACGGGAAGAGAAAGUAGAUGGUGGGGUUUAAAUAGCUGAACCAGAUCCUGACUAGACUCCCCCCUACCCCUUCUGCUCAUGGUCUCUCUCUAAAAUAAAUAAAUCUUUAAAAAAGUUAAAAAUAAAUAUCCCAAGGUAUAUCAGACUUAGUUGAAUAUACUGGAGUUAAUCUAGUCUACACCAUAAUAAAUUCACUUUGCUUCUCAA